AUGGCUCCAAUGGUGACGAAAGAAAUGCAGUUCGCAGAGGUGCCGGUGAGUGUUGCCGUGGUAAGUGUGUUUGGCCUAGUGUCCUGCGUCUCCAUCUUCGCCUGGAUCUGCUGCCAACGUAAGAACACCAAGUCCCAGGAGACAACACCCUACAAGUUCAUGCACAUGCUCAAAGGCAUCGACAUCUACCCAGAGAGCCUCAGCGACAAGAAGUUAGACAGCAAGAUCGACGUGAACGGAAACUGUAAUGUCAACAGCAACAAUGGUAAACAACAACAACAACAAGUGGCCUCCAGCCCAGCAGGGGGCAGAAUGGCCCUCCACCUCGACCUGGAAAAACAACAAGACCUGAAUGACAACUUCACCAUCACCACCAAACCUCCACACCCCAAUGUCCAGAUCCACACCAAGGUCCGCAGCUCCCCAGACUUGGAUCUUCCCUCGCCCCACCCAGGGUUCACCCAACCUGGGGUUAGAGACCUGGCCCUGGUUUCCCCCACCAGCGGCAGUCUCUCCAGCCAGGCCACCACCCACACCCAAGGGGACGCGGACCAGGACAAACCCCAGGAUGGAGGCCCCGAUGUCGGCCUUGGGACCCUCCACUUCUCUCUGGAGUACAACUCAGAGAAGAAGGCCUUCGUGGUUCACAUUAAGGAGGCCCACAGGCUGACUCCGACCGACGAGCAGUCCCUGACUUCUGACCCCUACAUCAAGCUGACCCUGCUGCCUGAGAAGAAGCACCGGGUCAAGACCCGCGUCCUGAGGAAGACUCUGGACCCGGUGUUCGACGAGACCUUCAGCUUCUAUGGGAUCCCAAUGAUCCGCGUGCAGGAGCUGUCGCUCCACUUCAUGGUGCUCAGCUUCGAUAGGUUCUCCCGUGAUGAGGUUAUCGGCGAGAUGCUCAUCCCAUUGGCCGGGAUCGACCUGACGGAGGGGCGUGUCCUGAUGAGCCGCAAGAUCAUCAAGAAGAAUGUCAGGAGGAGUGCAGGUCGAGGGGAGCUGCUGUUGUCUCUGUGUUACCAGUCUACCACCAGUACUCUAACAGUCGUGGUGCUGAAGGCUCGCCACCUGCUGAAGACCGACAACCACAGGCCCUCAGACCCAUAUGUGAAAGUCAACCUCUUUAAAGGGAAGAAGCGUGUCAGUAAAAAGAAGACCCAUGUGAAAAAGUGUUCCCCCAACCCUGUGUUCAACGAGCUGUUUGUGUUCGACAUAGCCUCCCAGGAGGGGCUGAAGGAGACCAGCGUAGAGCUCCUGCUCAUGGACUCUGAGUCUCCACCAACCAGGCGGGGGGACUCCUCCCGCUCCCCCAAUCCCAUCUUGGGGCGCCUGAUCCUGGGUACGGCUGCUGCCGGCACCCCCGGGGAGCACUGGAGGGAGAUCUGCGACCACCCGCGCCGGCAGAUUGCCAAGUGGCACAUCCUGUCCGAAGACUAG